UACCACACCGAAUCACUUCCAGCCUAGCUAGCGCUUUGGCCUAUAAAUGGAGACCAUCCGGCAUCCAUGGCCAAGCCAUCAUAGCCCAAGCAAAACCACAUAUCAAUACCGGCAGCCCGUCGCCGCGAUGUUUCGACGCGCCAAGACCACGGCGAUAGCCACGCCACCCUCCGACGGCGAGGUGCGGGUGCAUAAGGUUGAGAAGAUCGAGCUCGUCCGCAACCUUGUGACCAAGCCGUCGAUAUACUACGGCGCCAACCCGAUGACAGCAUCAACCAUGAGGCGAGGUGCAGCCGGUCACGGCACGGCUGCCAACACCAGUAAGGCUACCGGCGCCUCGAGGCCGGGGGUCGUGUCCAUAGAGGAUAUUAACAAGAGGUCUGAGGCUUACAUCCGGGAGAGGAAGAGGCUCUUCCAGGGUCUGAAGUAGCUCCAGAUAUAUGCAGAUGACCUUGCACUACUAUUGAUCACGUCUACAUAUAUACACCGAUUAAUGGAUGUAUGCAUGUGUGGAAUUUCCCCUCGAUGGAAUGUAAGAUGUGCUAUGUAAACGUGCUGUCGUGUGAUAUCGAUCCACUUGUUGCAA